GGAUUGUUCUUUUGUGACGUAACAGAUAACGCUCGAUACCGCUUGAUACGAAACGUAAGAAACCGUCUGAAGUGAUACUCGGGGAGGGAGGAGGUCGCAAUGUCUGUCAAGACGGUAGUGCCGUUUGCGGAACCGAUCAUUGAACACUGCGUGCGCCAUGAUCCGUGGGGACGAUAUUUGCCGGAUGAGUUUCGUGGCGUUACUAACGUCGGCGUUGCUAGCGUCGACCGAGGCAUUCACUGCUCGUAAUCUCAUGUAUCCCGGACGGACCGAUCUUUUUGAAUUAUCCGUCAUUCAUCUCAACGACUUUCAUGCCAGGUUUGUCCAAACUGGAUCCACUUCAGGCACUUGUUACGAGGGAUACGAGGACGAAUGCGUUGGCGGUAUAGCGAGGGUGUACACAGCUACAAAUCAGCUCGUGAACGAAAGACCGAAUGCAAUUUUCCUCAAUGCCGGUGACAAUUUUCAAGGCACACUUUGGUACAACGUGCAUGGGUGGAACGUCACGGCAACUUUUAUGAACAUGUUACCACAUGACGCUAUGACUCUUGGAAAUCACGAGUUUGACAACGGGAUCGCUGGCGUAGUGCCUUUCCUGGAAAUGCUCACCACUCCAGUCGUCGUUACAAAUAUCGACGAUAGUGAAGAACCGGAUAUCCAAGGAUUGUACACCAAUAGCACGAUUGUUGAACGAAAUGGAACUCAGAUAGGAAUAAUCGGAGUAAUACUCUCGACAACUAACACUCUCGCAAGCACGGAGAAGUUGGCUUUUUGGGAUGAAAUUGAGACCGUGAAUGAUGAAGCGGCGAGACUAAAGGCACAGGGGAUUGAAAUCAUCAUUGUUCUAAGUCACUGCGGUCUGGAUGUGGACAGAGAAUUAGCUGCUAAUUGCCCAAACGUUGACCUCAUUGUCGGUGGCCACUCUCACACUUUUCUCUACUCAGGAACUUCGCCGAGUUCUGACGUUGCCGAGGAUGAGUAUCCGGUCGUGGUGGUCCAGGAAGACACUGAAAGGACGGUACUCAUCGUUCAGGCUUAUGCUUAUAGCAAAUACCUGGGUAACAUCAGCGUUUGGUUCGACGCCGAUGGUGAAGUCUACGACUGGGAAGGGAAUCCUAUUCUACUCGACAGCUCCAUCGAAGAAGAUCCUGACGUACUGGCUGCCCUAGUACCGUGGCAAGUGGCGGUUGACGAGUUGGGCGACACAACGGUUGGAACGACCAAGGUCCGACUUUACAACAAUUGCAGAUACGGAGAGUGUAAUGUGGGAAAUUUAAUCACCGACGCCAUGGUUGAUGCUUACGUAGGUUUAGCUGAGAACAGCACUUACUGGACUUACGCUGCGAUAGCUUGUAUAAACGCCGGAGGGAUUCGGAGCACCAUAGAAGACACAACCGGCGAAAUUACGUAUGCCGACGCUGUGACUAACCAACCCUUCGAAAACACUUGGGACGUGGUGGAGCUACAAGGCUCUGAUUUGCUCCAGGUGUUAGAGGCGGGUGUAGCCACAAGCUAUAGCGAUACCGAGUUCGUCGGUAUAGGAUUUUUGCAGUGGUCUGGACUGAAGGUGACGUUCAACUUGUCGAAUGAGGCGUACUCGAGAGUGACCGAAUUGAAAGUGAGGUGCCGCGAAUGUGAAGUGCCGACUUAUGAAGACGUCGACCUGGACGAAUGGUAUCGUAUUGUCGUCGUGUCAUUUCUAAUCACAGGAGGCGACGGUCACUCGGUUCUGGCUACUCAGCAUCGCAACCACGAAGUUGGGACACUGGACAUAGAUCUCUACGUGAAAUACUUAGGGAAGAUGAGCCCCAUUAUUUUGGGGACUGAGGGUCGCAUGACUUUGGAAGGGACGUGGAGUGGUUAGCCAACAGCAGGGACCACUUUCCUGAUGAAAACACCCACCCCGAGAAUUAAAAGCAUGAUAUGAACGGCACACUUUCUUCCCCUCCUUCUCCGACCUUAUCGUUUUCAUAGAUUUUUUGUACUGUUUCACAUCGUGGAACAACGUGACACUCUUCGUAUCUUGUACGAGCAUUUUCAUAUCCAUUUUUAUGUUUAUUUAAGAACAUGCGUAAUUUUUCUUCAUUAAAACCCAAUUACCGCUUCCAAAUUUUAAGAAAAACUCAUAAAAUAGGUUUAUUCUUCUAUAUAUCUUCAACGUGCUUCUUGCAAAGAGAAAAGUGUUUUCGAAUGUUUCUAUUAUUUUCAAAACUUGAGAUAUCGCAUUUUCUCAACUCAUCAUUUUAAAAGUGCUCAACAAAGUAAAAAAAAAAAUUCUUUAUUGGAAAAUUCUUGAAAUGCUUGGAACUAAAAAUGAAGCACUGCGAAAUUUUUCCAAAAUAUUCGCAGCUCAAAGAUGAAUGCGUAAAGAACUUUGAAAAAAUAAAUUGAGCGUCUUAGAGAUGUUGCAUUCGCCUGUAAAAGAUUUGAUAUAUUCAUGUAAAUAUAAAACAUACACGUUUAUGUAUUUAAUUGACAUUUAUUUAUGCGUUGUAUAAUUUCGGCGUAUAUAUUUCUUGUACCGGAUUUUCUCAACUUUUAAAUUUCACGGCCACGACGGCAUGAUGCCAACGUUUUGCACGUCAAAUUGUUGGUUAUGAAGAACUUCUUUUACCGGCGUCGUCACUUGCUGUGUUGAUAAUAUAAUAUGUGAAACUGCUAAUACCCCCCAACCCGGCCAGACUCGGCAAACUGUUACGAAAAAUAACCCAGGGUUAUGAGUCUUUAUAUAUGCUCAGUCUACUCACUGCAGUUUAUAGUGUACG